CUGAGCUGGAGCUUUCCUGGUAACUGGCCAGCUUUCCUGGUUUUUGAUGCUGAAUCAGGAUUGUUUUAACUAAAGAUGGAAACACUGGAGUCAGAAUUGACCUGCCCAAUCUGCCUGGAGUUAUUUGAAGACCCUCUACUGCUACCGUGCGCUCACAGCCUCUGCUUCAGCUGUGCCCAUCGCAUCCUGGUGUCCAGCUGCUCCUCCAGCGAAUCCAUCGAGCCCAUCACCGCGUUCCAGUGCCCUACGUGCCGGUAUGUCAUCUCCCUCAACCACCGGGGCCUAGAGGGCCUCAAGCGAAAUGUGACCCUGCAAAACAUCAUCGACCGCUUCCAGAAGGCGUCUCUGAGUGGCCCCAACUCCCCCAACGAGAGCCGCCGAGAGCGCACUUACCGCAACAGCCCUACCAUGUCCGGCGAAAGGAUAGCCUGCCAGUUCUGCGAACAGGAUCCACCGCGGGACGCAGUGAAGACGUGCAUCACCUGUGAGGUGUCCUACUGUGACCGCUGCCUCCGGGCCACGCACCCCAAUAAGAAACCUUUCACCAGCCACCGUCUGGUGGAACCUGUGCCCGACACGCACUUCCGAGGACUCACUUGCUUGGAGCAUGAGAACGAGAAAGUAAACAUGUACUGUGUUGCUGACGACCAACUCAUUUGUGCCUUAUGUAAACUGGUGGGCCGCCACCGGGACCACCAAGUGGCGUCCCUCAGUGAUCGCUUUGAAAAGCUCAAGCAAACCCUGGAGACGAAUCUCACCAACCUGGUUAAACGUAACAGUGAACUGGAAAAUCAGAUGGCCAAGCUGAUACAGAUCUGCCAGCAAGUGGAGGUCAAUACAGCCAUGCAUGAGGCCAAGCUGAUGGAGGAGUGUGAUGAGCUCAUGGAGAUCAUCCGCCAGCGCAAACAAGUCAUCGCUGUCAAGAUCAAAGAGACAAAGGUGAUGAAGCUGAGGAAGUUGGCCCAGCAGGUUGCUAACUGCCGGCAGUGUCUCGAGCGCUCAACGGUCCUCAUAAAUCAGGCAGAACAUAUCCUGAAAGAGAACGACCACGCACGAUUCCUGCAGACAGCCAGGAAUGUGGCAGAGAGAGUCGCCAUGGCAACUGCAUCCUCUCAAGUUCUGAUACCCGAUAUCAAUUUUAAUGAUGCCUUUGAAAACUUUGCUUUAGAUUUUUCCAGAGAGAAGAAGCUGCUGGAGGGGCUGGAUUAUCUAACAGCACCUAACCCUCCGUCUGUUCGAGAGGAACUUUGCACUGCCUCCCAUGACACGAUUACGGUCCACUGGAUCUCAGAGGAUGAGUUCAGUGUCAGCUCCUAUGAGCUCCAGUACACCAUCUUCACUGGCCAAGCCAACUUCAUCAGUCUCUACAACUCCAUGGAUAGCUGGAUGAUCGUUCCCAACAUCAAACAGAACCACUACACAGUCCAUGGGCUCCAGAGCGGUACCCGCUACAUUUUCCUUGUCAAGGCCAUAAACCAAGCUGGCAGCCGGAACAGCGAACCUGCCAGGCUCAAGACAAACAGUCAGCCUUUUAAGCUGGACCCCAAGAUGGCUCAUAAGAAGUUGAAGAUCUCCAAUGACGGGCUACAGAUGGAAAAGGACGAAAGCUCCUUGAAGAAGAGCCACACACCCGAGAGGUUCAGCGGUACAGGAUGCUAUGGAGCGGCAGGGAACGGGUGCCACUACUGGGAGGUGGUGGUAGGAUCUUCAACCUGGUAUGCCAUCGGGGUGGCUUACAAGUCAGCCCCCAAGAACGAGUGGAUCGGGAAGAACUCCUCAUCCUGGGUCUUCUCCCGCUGCAACAACAACUUUGUGGUGAGACACAACAACAAGGAGAUGCUGGUGGAGGUCCACCCUCAGAUGAAGCGUCUCGGCGUCCUCCUGGAUUAUGACAACAACGCGCUCUCCUUCUAUGACCCAGCCAACUCCCUCCACCUCCACACAUUUGAGGUUUCCUUCAUCCUACCAGUGUGUCCAACAUUCACCAUCUGGAACAAAUCUUUGAUGAUCCUCUCGGGUCUACCUGCCCCGGACUUCAUAGACUACCCAGAGCAACAGGAGUGUAACUGCAGGCCCCAGGAGUCCCCGUAUGUAUCAGGGAUGAAAGCCUGUCACUAGGCUGUAUCCAGCUCUGCCCGUGCCCUGCAGCAGCACACGGAGAUGCUGACAGAUGCUAGUAGUUGGGAGCUGGGAGCUUCCAGACAACAAAGCUGGAGAGCAGCCCCUGCAGCCAGCUCAAUAAUGCUCAAGCAAGCAAGCACUGUCCCACACAAAGCUUUUUUUAAAGGGGAAAAAGAAAGGACUUUUAACCGCGGUUGAAAAUAAACUUCUGUUGACGAGCUCCAUUUCUGUGUGAGUGAGGCCUGUGAAACUCUUUUGUGGAGUGAUCAAAUCUCUCCCGAAGCGGAUUGUCACGUGGAUUGUUUUGUUUUUAUUUUGGGGCUGAAAGGGCUGGAGAGGGUUUUUGGGUGACCUUCUCAGGUGCUGGUGUGGUCAGAGGGCUGGCUCCACUCGUCUCUCUGAGAGGUGCAGGCGGAGCAGGAGGGACCAGCUUCUUGGAGCCCUUUCCUAGAUGUCUCAAGAGCCAAGUGGGACCUGAGCACCAUUUUCUGGUGAGAUUUUUGUGUUUGGCAGCUUCUCUGAUAUGAUAGAUAAUGCAUGCACCUCUUUCACCUGGAGAGGCAGCCAAAUCUGAAACACUGAAGUUGUUUAUGUGGUAGAUGGUUUGUGAGAGCGAAGCCAGCUCUGAGAAGGGCUGUCCUGUUGCCUCGCCCAGGCGUGUGCAUGCUGCUGUUGACUGUGUUCCUACAACUCCUUGUGCUUAGAUUUGCAGUUCCACGGUGGAAGGAAGCUGGACCUGUUCCCUCCAACCCCACCAUUCCUACUCCUCUGGGAAGUCACGUUUCACUAGAAGUCGGGGAGGCCCACAACAAGUGAAGAGGAGCAAGUUGAGGCAUGUCAUACCCCCAUCACAGACAUUUGGCAGAUACUCCUUCCUGACGCCAGGAUAUGUCCAGCUGUGCACCCAGACAGGGGUGCCUGCUGUCUAUGCUGAGGCGCCCAUGCCCCACAGCCCCAUUCAGCUGAGCAUAAAUCUCCAUUAGUGUCCAGUGUCUUGCAGAAAAAGCACAUAUCCCUGUGCUGAGUAGCAGGGGAAGUCAUGCCCGAAGUCAUGCCCAAAGUCAUGCCCAAAGACAUUCAUGAUCUAUGACCCAAAGCUAAGCCACUGCCUCUGCACCGAGGCCUGCUCCCAGUGCACUUUCUGAUCCGCAGCUUGAGCUGGUAUGAGGUGUGAAUUAAGGUGUUUAAAAGGGAGGAGAUCACGUCCUAAUGGCAGGGUGGCAUGUCAUUCGGACAUGCUCUCUGUUCAUUCUCGGUUCAUUCUCUGUGUUGGUCGUGUGAGCGUUCAGCCGUUCUGUUCGCUCUAGGGUUGUGCCGUGUGGCCAACAGCUGAAUCUGGCCCAGAGGCUUCAGUGAGCUCCUUGGGUGCCACCAGUGCUCCCGGUGAAUCCCUCCCAGUAACCAGAAAAGACCAAAUCUCAUGGCCAAGCCUCAUGUCCACAUUGGCCUAAAAGCCAAACCUGUGCAGGGUGUACCGUUCUGUGCAUUGCGGGACGCUCCUGGGAGCCAAGGCCCAGCACAGGAGCCUGCAGACAGAGGCUUUGGUAUGACUUGUGGCAGGUGUGUGCAAGGAGGGGAGUGAAUGGCCAGGGAAGGACUAGGGGUCAAGUCAGCACAGGAUGUGCCAGUGGUCUGCACUCUGAGCCAGCAUGAGCAUUAGUCCAUGAGGUUUGAACUCUGCUUUUGUCCUCUGGAUGUUGUGCUGUAGGAACUGUCUGAAAACUUGUCACCCUCAAGUGACAACCCUGUCCCCACCAGAAGGGUCUCAAGCUGUUGGCACAGUGGGGCCCUGGAUGGACACAGCUGGUAUUUUCCAUGCACUCCUGUCUCAGGGCCCUUCUCACAGGGUGUCUCAGUGGCAUAGCAUGAGGACAGUGAUCCAACCCUUAUCCCGCAGCCACCACAGCUUGCGGUCGACAGCUGCAGGUGCCAUCCCGCUGCCAGGCCUGCAUCAGGGCACGAUGUGCACAUGGGCCCUCGAGCGAUGGCCAAAGAGGGCUCUGACCAGGACAAUGCACCAGACCGGCUGCCGAGACAGACAGCAAGGCUGUCAGGACUUCAGCGGUCUGUGCUGAGGUAUACGUCUCAUUAAGUCUAAAUUGCUGUCAGUAGCAGUAGCUGGAUGAUAGCUGAGUACAGGGAGGGCGUGUGUAAAAAGAGCCCAUUCCUUAGCACAGCAUCCCUCCACUUCAUGUGUGUGACAUUUGUGGUGACUGGUUGCCUAAUGAGCGAGUUGUGGGGAGGGAGGAGCAUAUCGCCUGCAGAAAAGUGAUCUACCACAUGUACUGGUCUUCAGAGAGGUGUUUUCUCUUUGCCUCUGAUCUGGGCUGCUUUCCCUGCUUUCGGAGGCUCCAUGUUACUUGGCAGGGACUUGCAGCAUGCAGUGCAUCACGCCAGAGUUGAUAGAAAGGGGUUAUUUGCUUCUGGUCCCAGUGUCUGACAGAUUCCCAUUCAGCAGUUUCGUGUCUGCCGGUCCCUGCAGCUAAGCACAGAAACACAAUUUUAAGAUGACAAAUUGCCAUUUUUUGCUGUAUGUUUUUCAAAGCCAUGUGGGGCUAUCACUAAAAAUUAUUCUCCCUAUGUGCUGGGCCCAGCAGGGGCUGCUUGUGAUGCAUCAACCUCAAACAAAUGCCCAAGCACUGGAGGUGAAUUUUAGCGUUUGCAAUCCAGGUGCCAAGCUUUCUGCCUGCACUGGCACUAUUUUGACUGGCUUAUUGCUAGAGGACUCAGCACAUCCAUUAACUCAGAGCGCACGAGCCAUUAAUGUGACAUUUGCACCUGAUGAAAUUGCACUAAUUGCAGUGGGAUACCUGUACUCCGCUGCAUACGUCUCAUACGCAUGUCAGGCAGGAGGAAGAAGCAGAGAGCUCGUAUGAUUGAGUGCCGAGAGGAGCCCCAGCACCCUGAGGAGACAGUUCUGGGGUUAGGAGCAAUUUCUGCCUCACCUACAUUUUUCUCUCCUGGUUUUAUAAAAGCAAAACCUGCCCGAGCAUUAUCCAGAAGGGAGGGACAAGCAGCCCCCAUCCAUGCUCAUGUAGAUGAAAAAGGAUCUGUUUCAGGCCAUACCUCUCCUGCUGCCUUGUGGCCUCAGACCAUUAGCGAGCAAUUCCAUUGGUUAAAACUGCCUGGUGUAUGAUGACACAGCAGCCGUUUCAGCCAAUCCAAGCCCCUACGGGCUCCGCUGCCCAUCCUAAUGAAUGAACGUUUCCCAUGGUCCAUGCAGAGGGGCAGGACCACAGAGCGGAGGGGAGCAGUGGUGGUGGGUCUGGCCCUCACUGGAGGUCACGCGCCCACCAUGGUUCUGCCUCCUGCAGGGCUCGGUGCUGUUGGUUGUUCUUCUCAUAGUAACUCCAUUGUAUAGACUUGGGAUGUGGUGAAAUUCUGGUUACCGUGCAGCCUGUCAUAUUCUUCUCUUCCAUAUGUAAUAUAUUUGUUUUGUUUUUGUUUUGGGGAGGGGGGUUGUUUCUCCUUUUAUGUUUUUCCUUU